UCAAAUUGGAACAAAAGACAAGACUCUUUGUUGUUGGUGUUGUGCUUCUGGGCCAAUACUUUUAACUGUCAAAAUGGAAAGGACGGGCUAUGUUCCAGGUGAACUGCUUCCAGUCGUUAUUGAGAUUCAGAACAACUCAUCUCGAGUAGUUGUACCAAAGGUAGCCAUUUGCCAAAAACAAACAUUCCUUGCAAGAAGUGGAAUAAAAGAAGAAAGAGAGACAUUGAAUAAACUGAAGGGAAAACCACUGAAUGAAAAAAGUGCUGAAAAAUUGCACUACCAGCUUAAUGUUCCACAAUGUCCUCCCUCUAUUCUUAAUUGUCCUAUCCUGCUCCUGGAAUAUGUACUGAUGGUACAAUUAAAGAUACCUAGAGCAACUAACCUGUCAUUAGACAUGCCACUGGUUAUUGGCAGCAUUCCUGUGGCUUAUCCAUCAGAUUUUCUGAUGCAACCAAUUAGUGUAAUCUCCAAAUAAAGGUGUUGUCAGAUCUCUUACAUCAACUUGUGCUACAACCAUGUCAAGCAAAUGGGACCUCAGUUUACUGUCUAAUUCAAAGGAUGAGGAUGAUAAGUUAGCAAUAAUUUUACACUCAUUCUUGCUUACAUUUAGCCUUUUCUACUCAUUUUGGAUAUGAGAGAGAAACACUUCUCUAAUAAUCAAGAACAUGUUGUUGCAUGUGGCUUAUAAUUUGCAUAGUGCACAAAUGCUAACUGCAGACAUGUAAAAUAAAAUAAAUAUUCAUCUCACAUACAGCUGUCUAUACCUUUUCACUGUGAGGUAUCAACAGAAUUAGUGCUUAUCAAAUCAAGACCAUGUUGCUGUAUAUUGCUUCUACAUUAACAAAGUAUGAAAUGACAUUUAUAGUAAAAUCAUCUGAAACAUUUUAAUUGUUUAUGUUUAGUUUCUACUUUUCACUAUUGGGUAUCAUUGAUUAACAGCUA